CUGAAGGGGAGAGGCUUGAGAGCGCCGCCGCUUGCCGGGCUCGGGGGGAGUCGCUUCCUCGCCAGGGCUGUUCUCCCGUCGGGUCAGCCCUGGAGGGAUAAAAGCCCGGCGGCGCGACGGCCCCGCUCAGAGUGCGCUACAGCCCGCCGCCGUCCCAGCAUGAGCCGCCUGGCCUUCCGCGCGACCACGCUGCUCGUCGUCCUCCUGCUGGUCGCCGGGAGCGCUGUGCAGACCCAGGCGAGAGAAUUGCGCUGCAAGUGCGUGAAUGUCUUGUCUCAGAAAAUUUCACCUGUAUUCGUUGCCUCUGUAGUUUUCAUACCUGAGGGACCGCACUGUGUCAGGCCUGAAGUCAUAGUCACCAAGAAAGAUGGGAAACGGGUUUGCCUGAACCCCCAAAUGCCAUGGGUCGAGAGGCUUCUCCAAAAGAUAAUUAACAAGCAAAGAAACAAGCUGUGACAGAAACUAUAUUUGGAUUUGUAGCUGCAAGAGAAAAUGCUGCAACUGUGAAGAGGGGGGGAGAGAGAGAGAGAGAGAGAGAUUCCAGUGCGUAAAAAAGCCAGAAGAGAAGACAACCCGAAGCCUUAAUUAUUCCUCUACUGGUCCCCACUUUGUUGUAUUUAUUAUUCAAACAUACGUUAACGUAUUUAUUACUAUGUCUCCAUAUGGAGGCCGUCUGAUCAGUUCAGAUCAGAUACAUACUAGAUGCAAUACUGUAUGAUAUAUACUACACAUUUAAACUAAUUGACACUGAUUGCCUUCUGGAUGUUAGCAAUAGGUUGUGAGCCAUGCUGAAAUUUAUAGAAAAGUGGGAUAUAAAUACUCUUGAUAAAUGCAUGCCAAAAGGUGCAAGACAGCAGAAAGUUAUCCCCCAUCAGCCUUUAUGGGCCAUGUUCACUUCAGUGGAGCUUACCUAGAACCCACUGCUGAAUUGUCUCUAGGACAGCCUCUGUUAAGAAAAAAGCAGGCAGCAUGAUUAAGCAAGACUUUGAUCCAAGUUAAAAACAUGUUGGAGUCUGUCACCAGGGCCGCAACUAGGGGGGGCCAACCGGGGCAUGUGCCCCGGGUGCCGCACUGGUGGAGAGCCAA